AUGGCCCUCCUCCGGCGGCGCGUGGACGCCGUCUCGCGGGGCGAGGCCGGCGCUCGCCUCUUCGACCUCGACCCGAUGGUGCCAGGCCAGCGUCUCGUGCUUCCGGCGCCGGCGGCCUUUGUCGACGUGUGCCGCGCCGCGACAAAUGCAGAAGGCGUGCUCUGCAUGUUUGGGCGGCAAGGGCUACGCAUCAACUCGCACGGCGUGGAGGUUGAGGUCGAGUCGAUCGGCGACGCGGACGCUCGUGGUGGGGCCGAGGUGGCGCUGCGUGCUGGCCGCCUCUGCCGUGCAUUCGAAUCCGGCGCGGAGGAGGGAUCGCGCUGGCUCGGGCGGCAGGCGCGCGUGCGCUGGGUGGCGAUCGAUGGCGCAGAGGCGGUCGAGGGCGCGACAGAGUCGCUAGGGCCGGUGACGGAGGCGGCCACGGCGGAGCUCCUCGCGUCGCUCGGCCCGCUCGUGGAGGAGUGGAUCUCCCUCCUCCGCUCCACGAGUCGGGAGCGGUCGCCGGGGCAGCUCGACGCCGUGCUGGACGACCUCGGGCCGCUGCCGGGCGAGUCGAGGCCGAACGCGCGCGCGCUGUGGGUGGCGGGGCUGAUAAACCCUCUGCCUGCGCUUGGCGUCGCUCUGGAGGUGCGCCCAGCCGCGCUAAUGGCCGCGACCGCAGACGAGCGGAUACGGGUCGCCGAGUUUGGCCUGCGCGACUCAAUCCAGCGGCUGCGAUCGCCGGGCCCGCCAUUCUAG